AUGAUAGGUGCUGAAAGUCAAUGCGAAAAUUCUCGUCGUAUUAUUGAAAAAACAACUACUGUGAAAAAUAAAACGAAUAAGAAUAAAGCAAAGACUAUUGACGAAGCUGAGAGUGAAACUGAUGAUAUGAAUAAUGUUGAAGCGAAUGAUGACGGUGAAUCAGAUGAAGAUAUAAAAUCAAUCGAUGCUGAAGAAGUUUCUUCUGGCGAUGAAACUCGUCCGACUGAUCAAACGACAAUAGAUUAUUUAAUUGAUAUUGGGAAAAUUCUAAGUGGAGAAGCAAAUUUAGAUCCUGAUGAAAAAAGUGAAAUUCUAUUAAAUAUCACAACAACACUCGACUUGACCGAAAAACAAUUAGAAACCUGUAAAGGAAAAAACAUCAGAAUAACUGUUCGUCAAAUUAUGAAAAUGUUACACCCUGAUCCACCAAAUGACUUCAAAUUUGCUGAAGUUGAUCGUAAUCAUGUUGCUGCCGUUCGAGAAUAUGCACGUUUAGCUCAUCCUCGUGAAGAGAAACUGUACACUGAUGGUGAUCUUAAUCAUGCGAUGGGAAAUUUAUUUGCAGUUAAAACGCACAAACAAAAUUUGAAGCUUUCUAAUACUGAAUAG